AGUCGCGCGGUGCCGUCGUCGGUGGUGGGAGGUGCGUUGCGUCGCUGCCGACGGACCGACGGACCGACGGAUCGGAGGACCCAUGGUGCAGGAGCGUGCUGAGGUGAAGCCGCCCUGUGGUGUGGCGUCUACGUGAGUGGAUACCGUUUCCAAGAAGGCAGAGCAGUGAGCGGCGGUGAGAGGGAGGGAGAGGGCAGAGGGCCGGUCUCCGGUGCUGACCCGCGACCGUCUGACCGUGGAGGUCCCGGCCAGCAAUGAGCUGCCCCCCUGCGCCAGCCUCGUCCGAGCCGGCAUGGACGGCCCAGCCAGCAACAGUUCUGAGGUGUCGGAGCCGCCGGCGGGGGGCGAGCACGCGGCACCCUCUGGCCCCUCGUCGGCCGGCUCCCUGCCGGUCACUGCCGAGGAGGUGGGACUGGUGCUGCUCGUGCUACUCCUCUGGCUGCUGGCCAUCGCGCUCUUCAUUAACCGCUGGGGCAAGAUCCGGAUGCUGGAGCCCUACCUGCCGGCGUACAAGAUGACGCCGCGCGCCGAGGCACUUACCGGCCAGCGUCAGUCUAUGUCGGAGAGCUAUCAGAGACGCCUGUCUCGGUUCGUCGACGUCUCCAACAGCUCACGCAUCAACUCGAUGGACGAUGACGGCCUGAUCGGGCGCUACAUGCUGCCCAACUACUCCCCGAACCGGCCGCGUCAGAACUCACUGAUGGUUCCCAUCACCAGCCAGCUGACAGCGGCCAGGAAGGUCAAGUCGGCAGUGGACCUGGUGUCACUGGUGAUUGCCGAGCAGCGCGAACAGCGGGAGAGCCUCUCCGGAGGCAUGUCAGGACUGUCCGGGGCGUGUCAGACCAAUGUCUGAUGGGUGUCAGAUGUCAGACAAAUGUCUGGUGAGUGUCAGAUGACGGACAAAUUGUGAUCUUAUUGCAAGCUGUUUGACCGGAGAAUGCCGUCUGUCAGUUGUCAACCCAAGUCGUGUGUCGGUAACACACACUGCAUCAGACGAGAAUAUCAUCGGCGUACGGCAGACCGACGCGUCCCGGACCAGUGUUCGCCACGGGCCCCAAAAUCCCCAGCCCAGCCCGGCCCGGGCCCAUGGGUUCAGAGCCCGGCCCAGCCCAUAGCCCGCUCUUGGCAAAUAUUCCAAGCCCAGCCCGGCCCGGCCCGUCAAAAAUAGCAAUCUAGUUAUUGUCUUUGUCUAUUGCUAUAAUAAGCAUGAUUGAUUACACUAUUUUGAGAACAAUUCAAAUUGCAUGAAUAUUAACAUGGCAAUCAUGACUCCCUUCUUUUCAAUGAAUAUAAUCAUUUCAAGCACCUAUGGCACAAAUUUUAACAGUAACAGCAAGCACCUCAGUCAAUUAGGUCAUGAUUACACACCUAUAAAAAGUUUACAUGAUUAUAUUAACUACAUUCUAUGAGUAAAGUUAUCUUGCAAGCUGAUGUGUGUGAACAUUAUCAUUCAUAAUUGGUGACUCUAAUGCAUACUUGAAGGAAGUAUUUGCCACAUACUCUAUACUUCCCAGCACUUACCAGCAGAAAAAAGCUUGACUUAUGGGAAUUGAUGAAUCUGUCUGGGAUUGACCUUGCUGUUAAAUUCACUCCAUAGAUGCUGCAAUAUCAAAAGCCUGAGAAAGCAUACAAAAUAGGUGACACUAACUUUAGCACUGUCUUCCAAAAAAAGAGAAAA